AUGUCAUCUAAAUCACUAGUCAUCCUAUUCCAUAUUUUUCUUAUUCCGAUAUUUCAAUCAACGUGUCCUCAUUCCUUUCCUUUAACUGAACAAGAGGCUCCUUCAACUGAGCAAGAUAUAUUUUGUAGAACUCAUAAAGAAUAUUUAACCACCACAGUAUUCUCAACCUGUGUACGAAUUAUUGGUUAUCGGACGUAUGGUAUGGUUACGGCUUGUUAUGGUCGGUCAUCGGCCUUUGACUGA